AUGCAUGGAAUACAUAACAAUAUCAGCGUUGUGGAGUCAUGGAGUUCAGCAGUGACACAUAUAAAUUCACGCUGUGGCUUUUGCGCAGCAACCUUCACCAAAUGGGCAGACAGAAAUAGCCACCUUGCACGCCAUUUUCGAGAGGGCUUCUUGAUGAAGGACUGGAAAGGCUGCCGCGGUCUCGAUCCUGCCGUGGCCCUCGCCGUUGAGAAUGCCAUGCCGCCUUACCUCAUUGGCGCUGAAUCCACUGGCAUCCUUCCAUUUAGUGCUUCAAAUCGAUGCUCAGAUACCAAUAUUGCUCAUCACCAGGCCGAUGUGAAUGAGCGCUGUUUGCAAGAAGGAAACCCCCAACCCACUCCGUUUGAACUGUUAACAGAACGCUUGAUCCGCUUCGUACAGGAGAGGCAGGCGAUCGGAGUUCCUAUCACUGAUGAUGCUAUUCAGCGAGAAGCACGGUCCUUUGUCUAUGGCGAUGAAGACCCUUGGAACCAAACUGCAGCAGAUAAUCCUGACUGGCUGCAAAUGUUUAAAGAUGGUAUGGGUUUAGGUCCUCCUUUGUCAUCUACAGAUCCCGGUGCAACUGGGGUGUCGCCUGGGGGAUCCUUUCCGCUCCCAUGGACAACGAAUAUGGCGGGUAGCGAUGGACCACAAGGGCAAUCUAGCUCUUGUAUUCCCACUCUUGAAUCGCAGAAGGACCCGUGGAUGCCUUGGGCAUGGCAAAGCCCUGAAUGCCUUGCAGAGUUUCGCAGGUCCAAUGACUCUUGA